UUUAUCACAAAUACGGUUAACACGCGGAUGAGACCCCCUGCUCGGCAAAUUUUCAUUCUAUUGGCGAAAAGAUCCGAAUAUGACAUGACCACUGGUUCAACACUACGGUUUUUCAUCAUCGAAUGCUUCUGUUUAUUCGACUAUUUACUUUGUUACUCUUGCUCUUUGUGUGACCAUUCUUCGAUAAGUACUUUUAACGCCGUUUGGGAGCCUCUACAACCUUGCGGCAAUUCUGAUACGUGGCGUUUGUAUGCUGGCAUUAGGCGCCUUAAUUAGCAUUGGAUGCACUGUUGAGUCUGCAAGAUGUCACUUUAUGCUCCUCAGACAUAGUAGAUCGCUCCGAAAUUCUCCAGAACGUACUGGAGACAAAGGUGGACAAUGCACUGAUUUUGAUCGGCAAUGUAUUAAUUUUGAUUUGGAUACGUCGGGCCACGCACUCAGAAGUAUUGAAGAGCCGCAGCUAUUCGUGUAUUCUUGCUAAAGUACUCGCUGGCAUUCUCGCACAAAAUGACCUUUGUAUGAUUUUAAUUACGUCUCCCACCUCACACGCUUUCUUGUAAAAGGUACUUGCUUGCAUGAGGUGGCAAACAAUAGCUUUACCGUUCUCGUAGUCGAUCGAACGCCACUUCAGUGUCCAUCACGAUAAAUGGGUACAAGACCAAGACGAUUGUCUGUGUUCAUUAAAAACAUUUUAAAAGCUCACGUUUUGGUUCUUGGUCGCCAAGUCUGGCGUAAAGAGCGUUGACGACACCGAUACGACUCUGUGAUUGCUCAUUUUGGAUAUGACCGAUAAGGUGGAUCAUCAGAAACUCUGCUGCUCUGAUCGACAAAAGAAACCGUAACAAACCCAAAAAUCUCACCAAUAUUCAUCUUCACUGUGGUCAUUACGCUCACAGACCCUAGCCUCAUUGCUACAUGUCCACAAUGGAAAGAACCGUAAUUUAUUGAUUCUCGUGGGAGUCUUGGUAAUUUGUCACACCAUCGUCGUAAUUCUUCUGAGUAAAUAUUUUCAGCUUUCUGUAAGUUCACAACCUUUUCUUUUGGAAGUGUUUCAAUCAAUUUGAUAAGUAAAUUUAAGUAAUGGUGAUUAAGAAAGAAGGGAGCAUUUUUCUUUAUCGUCGUAGCAGUGUCAGUGAUAACGACUUUGUCGAAGAAGCUUUAACUUGCUUUAUUCUCGCAAUUGUUUCAAGCUUACGUUCUAUAAAUCGGCUCUUUGGUUCCUGCAUUCGAACUCUUCAUUCUUACCUGAUUGCUUCACGAUUUUGUUUUCCUUCUAGUAUUCGGUCGACCUAUCCGUUUCACGCUUGCACGACCGUAAAAUUUUCAAUUCAAUGUUUCGGUGUCAAAUCUGCAGUUAUUAUUUUCGGGCUCACUGUCAUCACCGAGAAUUGUGCUACUUAUGCGCAACGAAUGAGUCGACACGUAAGUGAUUGAUGUCAUGUAUCACCGCUCCGAAGUCAUUCACCGACAUGUCGAACUCAUCAUCAAAUGGACUGAUGACUUUUGCGUUUGGAAUCUUCUAACACAUCAAAAUUUUAGUGUUGAAGAUAUGAUUUGUCGAAAACUGA